AGCGAUCUACGCCUAGGCGCCCGUAUAUAUCUCUGUCGACUGCUUCCCGCCUCUCAACACAACGCCCCUCCUCGCAUAAUCCACGGAUACCUGAACAUCCAAGUAUCUCGUGCACUGGAUGCAGUAUCUCUGAGCUAGACGAGGUCCCCGCUAUCCGCGCGCUUGGCUACGCUCGUCUCCGCAUACCUGGUCGACCCACAUUAAUGUCAAUGGAAGUCGACAUGUCCGCGCCGAUGGACACUUUCCGCGUCUCAAGAACCAAAAGGGCGCGUUCACCCGCGUCCCCGAGGGCAAGCGAGCGACCCAGUAAACGCCUCUCGAUGGGUGGCAAUGCGUGCCUCUCUAUACCGGCCUUGGCGCCGCAGAGCCGCCACGGGUCGGAAGACUGGGUCGUGCAGACGCGCGGGCUGAGCAUAGAGAGUCCGCUUGUCGCCCAGGGUCUCCAGCUGGAAGAGGUGCGGGGAGUGGCUGCAGGUGCGGGCGCGGAGAGGGAGGGGGAGCAGAUGGUGGACACAACCAUGUUGGACGAAGACGUCGCUAUGUCGUGUUCGCCGCCGCGGCCUCGCCUGGGGAUCGACGCACACUCGGAGCCGACUCUGCCGCCUGCUGUCCAAGGGCUGCCCUCGACGUCUGCCUCGACUACCGAUGUGCCCAUGGCGACCUCUCAGUCUCAAGAUCAUACCGCGCCUCCUGCGCGGAAACAAAGAUUCACCAUGGGCCCGCGGGCCGACUGCGAAAAGUGUCGGCUGGGCGUGAAGGGGCACUGGAUGCACUUCGAUUGACUGGGGAUGUGGGACUGCGGUCAUGGAGAACCAAUGCUGUUGUCGUAGUUGCUGCUGCUCAUAGGACUUGUGGGACUGUCUGCAUCGCUUCCAUAUUCUGCUGUACCUCACAUUUACGCUAGUAUGCCUCGGUACAUGUGCACUAUUCGCUUACUGUCGAUGUAGAUAUUGCGACCGGUCAUGGUCGCUUGCAACUCUAUCUCUCACUGCACGAUCACGCAUCUCAGUCACUUUCGCGC